UUUAAAUGGCGCGAGGGCCUCGUCGGAUGUUCGCUCGGUAGCGUCACUGAAGCAGCAGCCUGGAUCCGGUCCCUGCGGUUUGAGGAUGGCGCGAAGGCCGCCAGCCGGCGGCCUGAGGACCCAGCCUGCCAGUCGGUGUACCUGUUCACUGACGCCCUCCCGGAGCAAGAGUCGGAGGAAAUCUGCCAACUCCUUGCGGAGAGCGGGUCGCGUCCAGUACACGUUGUAUGCUUUCUGGGAGAUUCGGAUGAUCGUGAAAGAAGCAAAGGAAAAACAAUGGAGAAAGUAGCCAGGCAGUCAGGGGGGUCCUUUCAAGCGAUCAGACUCCCCCCUACGGCUUCUGAAAAGGUAAGCUCCAUGUCCAUCUCGCAUGUCCAGUGUUGUCACACAGCUAAUAAAGAUCCCUGUGGCUCUCUGCUGCCAAGAUGUCCAGUGACAUACUUUCCUGUUAGUGCACAGAACCCAGAUGCCCUUUGUACGGCCUUGAUAUCCUCAGCAAAGAGGAAUUUCAUUGAUUCAACCCCAGAGGCUUCCAGUUUCGUGAGGGGGGCUCGUGUGUUGGCAAGGAGAGAAGCUGACGGCUAUUACUACCUGGGCCACAUUGCCCAAGAGGUGGAGAGCUCCAGGGAACGCUUUUUAAUUGAGUUUGACAAAAGUCACACUCGGAAAGGCAAGGUACAGCUUCGCACGCAGGAAACGCCUCUCUACGACAUUCUCCACUAUGAAGAUGCCAGGCGACAGCCUCUUGCUCCAGGAGACAGGGUCUUGGCACCAUGGGAGGCUAGAGCUGAACGUUUUGGCCCGGGCACUGUGCUAAAGGUUAUGGAGAACAAGGAGGCACGUUUAGCACACAACAGAAGGGGAGUGCUUGUGAAUUUCUGGAAUGGGCAGACUAAGGAGGUGUCUUCUGACCAAGUUCUGCGGAUCCCUCUGCCCUUAAGCGAACGCAUCAUCCUAGAACUGCAGAUGCCUUUAGCAGCCAGGGAGAUGGUGGUAGAUUCAAGCUUGGAUUACCCAUACCUCGUGACACCAGGUUACAGAGCCUCAGGCCGUUACAGACCAGGUCACUCAGAGCUGGACUGCUGGCCAAGGGGCCUGUAUUUGACUCAGCCGUGUGCUAAGUGCAGCUGCAGGUGUACCUCGCUUCCCCCUUGCUGCCUUGCAGCCUGGGAACCCACAGGGCCCACAGUGUGCAGAGUGCAGCAGGAAGAUGCCUUCACCCCAGGAACAAGCUUGACUAAAGAAGAGCUCAGCAAGAACAUAGAAGACCAACUGUCUGAAGUGAGGAUUUUGUCUUCAGAAAGUGUUUCCAGAGAGGAAGACAAAAAGGAAGAUAAGAGACUGAAGAUGGAAAACAUCCCAAAAGAUGCUCAGUCUUGUUUGGAACAGGACAAUGAGGUUAUAGAACCUAAGAAGAGUCCUCAGAGGGACGUGGCUCAUGCUAUGGUCGAUACUGCUGUCAACACAGACAGCUGGUUAAUGGAGACAAGAGUCCAGAAGGAAGAAGCAGACAGCAGACAGCAGGAUGCUGAAGCUGAGGCUGAUGCUAAACAAAAACAUGGUCUUUUUGAGUCCAGAGUGGCAGAAGCUCCAGUCCAGCAUUCCCAAAGGAGCCCUUCCCUGGGAACCAGUGCUUUGGUUCCUUUCAGGCGCCAAAGCUUCUUUGACCGGGUGAAUCAAUCACUAGCGAAAGACAGCCUGACCAUCAAAUCAGCUCUACGUGUACAGAGACCACACAGUACCUCCAAUGUGCAGGCUAGGAGAUCCACAAAUCUUCUAAAUCUUCUAAAAGACAAAAGCAUUACAAAAUCAAUCCUUAAUGGUGCAUCUCAGGAGAGUUGGAACGAGAUGGACUGCAACAGAGCCAAGAUUGAGCACAAAAGGUGGCAAGAGGAACAGAGGCAGCUGAAGAGGGAGCAGCAGCAAGAAGCAGAUGGCAUCCGACGCCAGCUGCGCCGGGACAACCAGAGGGAGCGAUUGCGUCAGAGAACAUUGCAAGGGCUGGAGAAACAGCUGGAGCAGGAAGACAGAGCUUUGCAGCGCAGAGCGCUGCUCCAGGCUGCUGGGGCAGAGAGGAGCAGGAAGGAAUCCUUCUUGCCAGAGGAGGAGAGGAGGAAGGCGAGUCAGAGGCUGCAGUUCUUAAAGACACAGCGUUUGCAGAGAGAGGAGUUGCAGGCAGAACGCAAUGAAAGGAGCGUUGAUCAAGAGAAAGAAAGGCUGGAUUUUCUCAGGAGCAGAAUGCAGUCACGGCAGGAAACGUUGGAACAAGAAUCACGGGAGCAGGACAGGCAACAAGUACAGCAGCAGGCUGCCAAAGGGAGAGUAUUCCAGAGCAGAGACCGUUCAUGCCAGAAGAUGGAAAAAGAAGGCCAGAAACUCUGUGACCUCCAGCGGUACCUCAGAGAACAGAAUCUUUUGAUGCUCCGGGCAUCCCUGCUAGCGUAAGGAAGCUGCAGAGUGGGUAAGCAGGCCCUCGAACAGUUCACAGACCUGAUCUGUAUCUUGUGGCCAUGAGUUGGGGUGCUGGAGCUUGGGUGCAAUUGUGACAAGUGGAAUUAUGAUUCCUGGAGAGGUCUAUAGUCUCCCUUUCAUUGCGGCCAGAGAGCAUUUUCACCACUGUGUCCUUUACCUGCCUUUCUUUCUGGAAUCGCUAUUCUAGUCCACCUCUGCCAAACUGUUCUUCUGUCUUACACACGUGCAGGGGCCCUGCUGACAGACCCACCUCUGCAACCAAGAGCCACCUUGGUAUUUAAUGGGAAACACAGCCGCAGCGCCGAGUGUCUGCCCCAAAGGCAUCCGAAGGGGGCUGGCUCUUUCCAUAGGACUCCCGGGAGUCAGCACCUGUAGUGCCGACCGUUGUAGUCUGAGGCUGGUGAAAGUGUCGCAGGGCAAUCCAGAGUGGGGCAACAGAGCACCUGGGAGUCACAAAAGCAAUUCCAAGCACACAAGAUCUAGGACCUGGCAGAGGGGCAUCGGGUUGUAGCUGCUUUCCAGACGCAAAUGAGAGAGAAAGGGAAUAGUUAAGCACCGGCAAGUCUGUACAGUAGAGUUGGAGGUGAAGAACAAGAAUGAAGGUCAGGAGAAAUGUCCCGGGAACCAGCCCCUUGAGUGAAGCGGUGGAAGCGCAGGCACAGGUUAGCUUGUGCUAAUACAAGCCUGCAAGGAAAUUACGCACAGGCCUGGAAAAGGCUUCUGCUGCCGAAUUCUGGGAACUUUCUGCCCUGCUGUGUUUCUUCCAGAGCAGCGCCAGAAGAGCACAUUUCUUAAAGGUCAAGGACCACAUAAAAUAGGAAGUGUAGUUACGCGAUGCUGUCAUCAUGACUUACCUUGCUGUCUUAAUGCUACAUGAAAUAUGGGGAAGGAGAGCUGGAGACCAGCUGGAUGUUAAAAAAAAAAAAAGAAACCCAAACAACUGCAGCAAUGAAA